UGAAAGUUGAAAACCAAAAAGAGAGGCAGAACAACAAAUCGGAAUAUCCAAAACCGCCUCUCAAAGUCAAGCACACAACAACCUGCUCCCCUUCAAAGCUGAAAAAGAUAAACACAAACACAGACAGGGUUCUCUGCUUUGUAAGUAAUCAAAAACUGUGGAUCCUAUUGACGGAGACUAAUUCUACAAGGAAAUAACGUUGAUAACCACUGUGGAAUGGAUGGUAAUUGUUCUGUACCGUGAAGUAAAUGGGAUCAACACCAUUUCUCUGAUCACCAAAGAGGAUGUCCCAAGCUGACAUCUCUUACAGUUGUGGAUCUUGUGGAUACCCUCUGAACUUAACAUCUUCCAACCGGAUUACUUCUGGCAUAGGUUCCGCAUAUCAGAAAUCCAUAAAGAAGGGUUUCAUUUCUUUUCUUUCUGUAGAUCUUAGUCGAUUCACACAGGUUGAUGAGGUAAACUGUUUUCCUGUGGCCUGGGGUCGUUAUCGUCCAAAAACUAAAACUCCUCUGUCGCAAAUGUGGAGUUCAUAUAGGCUAUGGUUAUGGAAACACCCCUGCUUUAUGUGGUUUUGAAUCUCCAAUUCUCUGGUUCAUCUUAUAAGAAAUUCACGUAAAGAUCCGAGCCUUACAGCCUUUCAGAAGAGAGCUAAUUUGGGAUAUGGAAAACCCCUCUAAUAAUAGUCUUACCUCCAUCAUGCAUCCUGAUGAUUGCCUCUCUUAUAUUUUCCAAUGGCUUGAUUGUGGAUCUGACCGCGAUUCAUUUGGCAUGACUUGCCACCGCUGGCUUAACAUUCAGAAUAUAAACCGCCGAUCGUUGCAAUUCCAGUGUUCACUCUCUGUGCUAAACAUUCCUUCACUAUCUCAAACUAAUCUUGAGGUUACUGCCUCUCAUCUCUACAGGCUGCUUAUUCGCUACCAGCAUCUACAGCAUUUAUCCCUAUCUGGUUGCACGGAGGUAUCUGAUUCAGGCCUUGCAUUGUUACAAUCCUAUGGUUCCAAAUUGGAGAGUCUUUAUCUAGAUUGUUGUUUUAACGUUACUGACAACGGACUCUCCUCGAUUGCCAAUGGUUGCCCUUCAUUAAAAGUUAUAAGUCUUUAUCGAUGCGAAAUUAGUGAUGUUGGUUUAGGAAAUCUAGCUAAUGCUUGCUUAGCUUUGACCCAUGUGAAUCUCUCACACUGCUUAUUUGUCUAUGACUCCGGGUUAAGAGCUCUUUCUCAGCAAUGCCGCCAGCUUAAAGCAAUCAAGAUGUCUAAUUGCAGGCAGAUAACAGGUGUUGGCCUCAACGGUUGUUCACCAACUUUGGUCUAUAUAGCUGCUGAAUCCUGUAAGCUUGACCCAGAGGGGAUAUCAGGGAUUGUUAGUGGAGGAGGGCUUAAAUUUCUUGAUAUAUAUGGCAUAAGUUGGUUACCCAGAGAUGGAUUGGCAGCACUUGGCGCAGGAUUUUGUGCAAAGCUUAAAAUCCUUAACCUUGGAAUGUGCAGAACCAUUGGUGACGAAUCUAUUGCAGCUAUUGCAAAGGGUUGUCCGCUACUUGAAGAGUGGAACUUGUCACUAUGUCGUGAGGUUAGGACUUCAGGAUGGGAAUCUAUUGGGGUAAACUGCCAUUACCUAGAGAGGCUUCAUGUGAACCGUUGCUGGAAUUUAUGCGACCGAGGUUUGCAGGCUUUGAGAGAUGGGUGCAAGAAGCUUUCAGUUCUAUACAUGAGUGGAAAUAAUCAGUUAUCGGCUGUUGCAGUGGAGUUGUUUAAAGCAUAUAGAAGUGACGUUGAGAUCAGGGCAGAGGAAAUAAUGAUUAUAGUGCCUGAUUGGACAUCUAUAAAAUCAGAGUAAGAGAUAAUUGAACUCAACCUUGGUUGACAAACAUGAUAUAUUUUUAGUACAGAUUAUAACCUGUGGUGUUUAUUCACAUGGAUGAACGUCUAAUUGUUUGGACAGAGAAACUUCCAUGUCCUUCUAGGAUCUGAUGUGAAGCUUAUAAACGUACAAGUGACCUCUUAAUUCUAACAAGUGUCCUCUUCACUUUCA